GAAUGAUGAUUGGGUUAGGUUAAGAAUAUCAGCGUAUGCCAAUCGGAGGCAGGGUAGAGGCAGGUCCUCGCGAGUGGGAAAAAUAAAUAACACGGCAUGAUUCUUUUUUUCCCCCCAAGUAGGAAGCAGGCGAAGUAUAUACGAGCACCCGCUGGAUCUGAACAGGGUUUUUUGUUGGUCCGACUCUUCGAUUGUGUGAUCCAGGAGAGGACCUGGGGUAAAGCUGGUGGAGAGUAACAUCCGUGUCCUCAAAACCAUCAGUGGCAGAUAAAGAAGAUGAGCUUGUGUGUACUGGAGGAGGAGACCUUUCGUCACUGCUGUCGGCUCAUUCUGCAGCAGUCAGAGCAGCUGAGAGAUGGCUGGAGCUGGGAAUCUGUCCAGGGUUCACAGGAGGGCUACCUAAGGAAGACUGCUCUCAGGUCAGCUGUCAUUAAUUCAAGCCCAGUGGGGGACCAGGUAGAAUCCAGUUCAGAGUCAGGGCCCCAAACGUCCUGUCAGUCCUGGCCUGAUCUGCAGCAACAUAAAAAGGAACAGUCUGUUCUUGUUGCCUCAGCUGGUGCUGACAGCAUCCAAGGUGACAUAGAUGAUGAAGAUGAUGAUGCAGAUGAGGGGGUCUGUACGGUGUCUGAGGGUAGCAGCCAGGUGCUCCAGUAUGAGUAUCACAUCCUGUACUCAUGCAGCUACAGUACUCCUGUUCUCUAUUUCAGAGCCUUCACUCUGGAGGGGAGGAGCCUGUCAUUACAGGAGGUGUGGAGCUCUGUUCAUUCAAACUUCAGUUUUCGACUUCAGAACAGUCCUCUCAAUACAAUCACUCAGCAGGAGCAUCCACUGCUGGGUCAGCCUUUUUUUAUGCUCCAUCCCUGUAGAACAGAGGAGUUCAUGAGGCCUGUGCUGCAGGUGGCUCAGGACCAUAACAGGCCAGUGAACUACGUGUUGACAUGGCUCAGCGUGGUCGGUCCCAUGGUGGGUCUGGAUGUCCCUCUGAAGUACACUACCUCCCACUACUAGCUCCAUCUUGCAGCCUCAUUCAGCAGCACCAAACCAGACUGA